AAAGCUCGGCGGAAUCCUUCCACUCAUCCUCCUGUGGAUCUGUCGAUGCAUGAUUAGCUUUCUUCACGUUCUACGUCGAGUUUGUCAACACGUAGCUACAUUACCAAAAUGGCCGAGUCUAUAAACACGGCGCUAUAUAUGGACAGAGACUGUCAAAUGACAGUCAGACGCGACUUUAACAUCCCGAAGCCCCAGGCCGAUGAGGUCCUCAUCGAGGUCGAGUUCUCGGGCGUCAACCCUGCUGACAUCCGUCACGGAACACAGCUCGGCGUAGUCCCCGCUGUUCUCGGGUACGACUUUAGCGGCCGCGUCGUGUCCGGUCCGUCCGGCUCUGGCCUGAGCCCAGGGAACGCCGUAGCCGGGAUGACGCCGACCGGCGUGGGCCGCCCCGCACGGUAUGGCGCGCACCAGAAGUUCCUGGCCUGCCCUGUGGACUGGCUCUUCCGUGUGCCCACAGCUCUUAUGCCCAUGCCCGACGCAGCAUGUCUUUCUGUCGUCGCCAGCACGGCCGCAGACGUCAUGUUCAACAUCUUUAGCUUCCCGCUUCCAUCCCAGAGCCCGAAUCAGUCAGAAGGCAACAGCAAGGGUGGCCCUCUUCUCAUAUGGGGCGGCUCGACGGCCGUGGGAUGCUGCACGAUCCAGUUCGCACGGGCCUGCGGCGUCAAGCCCAUCUUCGUGACGGCCUCACCCGCACGGCACGAGCUUCUGAAGAGCCUCGGGGCCACUCUCUGCUUUGACUACCGCGACCCGGAUGUCAUAGCCAAGAUCUUGGCUGCCGUCGAAGCGCAGCAACAAGGGCCUGUGCGGUACGCUCUGGACGCCGCCGGGAGUUUUGGGGCCAGCGAUGGUGGGCCAUCGUCCUUUGAACAGAUGGUCAGCUGCUGCCCAGCUAACGCCCGCUUAUCUUCCGUCACAUCCCAAGAUCCGCGCUCCUCGUUCCCUCUCGCCACGCGAGCUCGGGAUGUCGUGCUUGCUAUCCCGGGUCUGCCGCGCCCGAUGACUUUCCCCGCAGACCAGGCCAAGUCGGCCAAGAUUACUGCCGGGCUGCACUGGGCAGUCGAGAACUAUGGAAAGGGCUUCUUGCUGCCUGCUAUCAGGACGUGGUCUGGCAAGGCGGAGGACGCCUUGGACGAGCUUCGGAACGUCGAUGCCCAGGGUACGUUUGGGAAGUUGGCCAUUCAGCAUCCGCUUCAGUAG